GAGGACUUUGGACAAACGAAGGAGUCUCUGUCUUCUGAAAGGUGCUCCUGACGCAUACUUCUCCUGGACGGGCACCGAUGCACAUGUCACUUCACCUUCUCUGGAGACAAACAUUGCCUUAAUUCUACCUGCUUCCGGAUGGAGACGAUUGUUCUGAGAAGGACGCAAUCCUUGAAGAGCCUCUCGUGGGUUCAGGACAGCUCACGGGGCAUGCCAGCUCCCACCCGCUGCGACAGAAAGUCUGUAUUGCAGCUGGUUCAUCAUUACCAAAGCUGUGGUGAACAAAGGAGUCAAGAAUAUAUAACACAUAAAUUCCAGGCAUCGGACCGAUUUUCAGGAGGAUGGAGAGGCCCAGAGAACAGAGAAAAUGUGGCCCUCGCCGGAUCUUUACAAAGCGCAGGAUUGUCAAGAAGUCGCUCCAUGGACUUCAUCCCUCAGAGGGGGAACUCGGGUACCAGAGCUCUGUGUGAGCUCUUCGAGUCCAAGGCCAAGCUGCAGCAGAAGUCCGGCAGCUCAUCGUCGUCUGCAAGAAAUGGCAAGACAGGAGGAGACCGCCCCCUGCAGGAUCGGAGUAGUAACAACACCAGUGCUCAGAGGCUGACCCCAUUGGAGGGAGGAAGGACCACAAAUGGCCUCCCAAAGUCUGACAACAAAGUUUCCAGAUACUCAUACGAUGACAAAUAUCGUACAUUUACACCAGUGAUCAAGAGGGCUAUCCUAACAACACAAGGCAGCGAUAGCAUACCAACUCGCUCCUCUGUUCGAGACAAGUCAGCUCUCUAUCUGUCAAGAGCAGCACCCACUGACUCCAUUGGAGGUUCCACACAAUCGCAGGAAUUGACUGGUGUAUCAGGAGCAAGGACGAAAAGCAGCAAGAUGGCUGAGGCAGCCCGGAAAGUCACAGUUUCGGAAUCAUCUCAUGAUGAAGACGAACUUCCCCUCCCACCACCACCUCCUCCUCCUCCUGUACCGGCAAGGCCCCAUGACUAUGAAGGGUCCUCACCACUAAUGAGCCUGCCCGUCCCUCCACCUAAAGAAACCUUUUCCACUUACUAUCAACAAAGGCAGAAGAGUGAACUGAAGAGGCUCUUUAAACACAUCCACCCAGAUAUCAGACAUCUUGGCGAUGCUGUUGAUGAUGACAUCAUGAAGGCCGUGCGGUCAGACGACACCGAGGCAACAGCGGCGUAUCCGGCUGAAGUGCAGUCAAUGAGGUGGAUCUUUGAAAACUGGAAUCUGGAUAGCAUUGGGGAUCCUCAUGCAACCAGGAAAAUGCUGGAUGAAGAAAACCUCACCGGAGGAAAUGUCAGAGGCACCUCCUCCAUGUUUGAGCACUGCGAUAACAGACCUCUGGUUUCAGAGGCAUUUACUCAAAGGCAGACUUCAGUAAGAGGGGAUGUGAGAACGUCUACCUGGCUCUUUGAGACACAGCCCUUAGAUUCCCUGAACAAAAAAGAUGGAGACCUGGUUGAAGCCGUGUUGAAAGAGCCCAUCCAGCCAGGAGAUGUAAGUGGGGCACGUUUGCUUUUUGAGACCAAACCGCUAAGUGACUUUGGGCGCUGUAACUCCAUAGAGGACAAUGACUUCUUGAAACUGAUGUCCGAGCUACAGGAGCAAAAAGGCGAUGUCCAAAAGACUGUGAAACUCUUUCAGGCAGAACCUAGCUGUGCCAUUCGAGACAAAAGUGGCAAUAUCCAUACAAUCAAAUCCAUCUGCCGGGAGGAGAUCAAGAAUGGAAAUACGAGCAGUGCCCGUUGGUUGUUCGAAACCCAGCCUUUGGACCUGAUUAACAAAGAAAGCGAUGGCGUGAAAAUAAUUCGGGGCAUAUCUCUGGAGGAGGGACACCGAGGAGGAGUGGACAGAAAGAGGUGGAUGUUUGAAACUCAGUCAUUUGAUGAUAUAAAAGAGGUCGCGGGAGCGGACGAGUUCAAGGGCACGCUGGCUGACUGCACGAGAGAGGCUGAUGUGACCAACAAGGCAAAGCUCUUUGAGACACAACCGCUGUCAACGCUGAGAGGAAAUACAGAGGAAAAGACGCUGGAAAAGGACACAAUUAUCGGAGGGGAUGUCAAGACAUCUCUUUGGCUGUUUGAAACUCAACCCAUGGAGACUCUGAACGAUAGCUAUGAAGUUGGGCGUUUGAAGAAAAUUACCCUUUCAGCUGAUGAACAAGGUGCGAUUAAAGACAAAAAGAUCAUAUUUGAGAGUCGUGGCACAGAAAAGAGCUUCUCGGCAAAACAACAAGCCAGUGAAAGGGGUGAUGUUAUGGGGUUCAAGCGACUUUUUGAAACGAUUCCGUUAAGUAAAAUUUCUCAGUGCAGUGAGGAGAACAACGCAUCAGAAAAUCACAGGGCUGAGAAUUCUCCUCUGUAUGCUAUAAAAGACAGUUCUGGAAAUUUCCACAAGAUAACAACCGUCAGCCGUGAGGAAUUCAUCAAGGGAAAGGUCCAAAACUACAAGUGGAUGUUUGAGACCAAGCCUCUACAUGAACUGACGGAAGGAAAGGAAAACGUUGAGGUAAUCAAAGGCAUUACAAGGGAAGAAGAUACCGCGGGUGACGUCAAGUUGGCAAAGUGGCUUUUUGAAACCCAGACGAUCGAUGGAAUUCAUUCCAAGUUCAACCGGAUGGAGCCAAGCGAUUCCGUUGGAGCCACGCCUUGCAAAGGGGAUGUCAAGGCAUGCAAAUGGCUCUUUGAGACCCAACCAAUGGACGUUUUGUAUGACAAAUCAGAGAAAGUGAAUGACAAAGAGAUCAUUGACAAUGCUAGCGUUAAAUCAAUUACGUGGCUUUUUGAAUCACAGCCAUUAGACAGCAUAAAAGAUGGCGAGGAGUACAAUUUGAACCUCUGCGGCACCAUACGGGAUUCUGGAAAACUUAAGACGGGUGGUCAAACAAUCAAACACCUCUUUGAAACAGAGACCCUGGACAGAACAAGAACUGACCAGACGGAACAAGAUGUAAGAUGCGUCAGCCAAGUUAACUUUCAGUCAGGAGACGUCUCACGAGUGAAAGAGCUUUUUGAAUCCCAGUCCCUUGAUGAAAUCGGAUCAGAAAUGGCGACGGUAUGCAGUGAACACGAUGACGACGAUCACAUCCGGAAAGGAUCGGUCCACAAAUUCACUUGGCUGUUUGAGAACUGUCCCAUGAACACAAUCAACAAGGACGACGAUGGCGCAAAGAUUCAGGAGUUUAGUGAAGCUGUAAGCGGGGAUGUGAAGAGCAAAAAGUUUAUAUUUGAAACCUCAUCGCUGGACAAAAUCCACGAGCAAUCUUUUGAGCAGAAGUCGGUCGGUUCGGAACAACCGGAGAGUGAUGUUGAUGUGAAGUCCAGCACGAUGAUGUUUGAGUCCCUGCCACUAUACGCCAUUCGGGACAAAGAGGGACAGUUUCAUGAAGUGACAACUGUGAAAAAGGAUGAGGUCUUAAGUGGGGAUGUGAGAGGCGCCAGGUGGAUGUUUGAGACGAAGCCCCUCGAGGCCAUCAAGGCAGAAAAUGACGUUUAUGUGAUCCGAGCUGUCACUCAAGAGGAUGUAGAGAAAGGAGAUGUCAAAUCAGCCAGAUGGAAGUUCGAGACACAACCACUGGACUCCUUUGCCAGCAGAGAAGAACCUUCUGUUAAGGUUGCUGAAGACUUUGGGAGCUGUAAUGUGCAGGUCAAUAAAAAGAUAUUUGAAUCUGAGGAAUCAAACAACAAGUUUGUAAGAAUGGUUAGCGUCACCGACGUUCAGCGCGGAGAUGUUCGGACCUCCACCUGGCUCUUUGAAAAUCAAACCAUUGACAGUCUCAGAGGAGAGCCUCAAGAGCAAGGUCCGGUCAAAACAGUUCACAGAGAAGACAGCCAGAAAGGAGACGUGAAACGAUGCACUUGGCUGUUUGAAUCACAGCCGUUGGAUAAAAUCAAGGAGCCUGAAGAGACGACUUUCCAAGGCUCUGAGGAAAUCAUCCCGAAAGCUGACGUCAAGUGCACAACCUGGCUUUUUGAGACAACUCCACUGGACAAAAUCACCUCCAGCAGUGUCACUGACACCAUGUCCUUCUUAAGUGAAUCGAAUGUGGUGGUCUCAAGUGGCAUAAUAAUUGAAGCAAAAGAAGGGCAAAAUGUUACCAUGGCAAAAUUCACUCUGGGAAGCACUCGUGAAGUCCAAAUUCAGAAAGAAGAAGUCGUUGAGGGCAAUCUGCGAAACAUCAUUUUACAGCUCUUACUUAAACCAAGCAACACACAAGUUACACUUCUUAGAGAAGUGGAAAAGGGAAAAGUGAAUAGCACUGUGGUCCAUCUUCCAGUCUGUCAGUCAUCUACGGAUACAGCCAUUGAUCGGGAUCAAAUAUUACAAAACACAGUUCGGAUGAUUGAUGAAUUACUUACACAAGGUAAGAACUUCAAGAAAGGAAUCCUAAUGCAAGAGGCCGCCGACGGACAACCGGAUAUGUCCGUCUAUUCGCUCAUCAGCGAUGGUGAAUGCGAUACUGAAAGUCAUGUCAUUGAAAAGGGGGAUGUGAAGUCUGCCAUUGGAAAUCUGUUAGCAACAGCCAGCAGUCCGAGGGCUGCAGCGACGUGUCGAAUCGAUGAAAAUGAGAAGGGGAAUGUCAACUUGUACAAAAGUUGCAUUGAGAAAGGGAAUCUGCAGUACCUGAAAAGCCUUCAUUCCGAGGCGUCAGAAGACGACGGUUAUCAUGGAACUGUUGACCAGGAGCAAACUGAAAUUAUACAGGGGGAUGUGAGGGAGGCAAAAAGAAGUCUCUGCCGGCAUAAGGAAACAGUGGAACGGACUAUUUCGGAUGUUCUGCCAGGGGACGUGAAGAACACCAAAAAAGUCUUUUCAACAGAGUGCUCAUUCACCGCUGAAAACUGCGUCCCGCGCGAUGAAAUCAUUCCCGGGGAUGUUUUGACGGCAAAGCAGCAACUUGCAGCAAAGCAAUCCGUGGCGGUUGAGAAAAAGGAAAUCGUGGCUGGAGACAUUAAGGCGUCAAUACAGUCAUUGGAACGCGCAAAGCAACAGAGUAUGAAUGUGGAACGGGAGAACAUUACACCCGGAACUAUUUAUGAUAUGGACAUGUCAUCUAAGGGCCUUGAACCAGAAGGAAGUCAAGUACAAAAGGAGACCAUCGUAUCCGGAGAUGUGAAGGCAGCUAAAAAGUCCCUGCAGCUGGCCAAGCAGCAAAGCAUGCAAGUCGAACGGGAGGCGAUUGCCCCCGGGAAAAUAUACAACCUGGAUGUCUCUGCACAAGAAGGAAGCUCGAAGGCAGUUACGCAGUCAGCUUCGUCCUCCGGAAGCCACCGAAUCAAGACUUGCCCACAGUAACGCGCGAAGGGCAACCGUCGAUCACAGCACAGAACUCAACAAGCUACCUGGAACAAAAUGGAGGCUUUAAAUUGUCCACUUCUGAGCUUGUAACCGCUCCGUCACACCCGCGAAAGAAACCACAGAGCCCGAAGCCAGC